CGCAUUUCUGUUUUUUCCUUCGCCGCGACAACACGCAGCACGCAUCGUCUUUCGCAGUCAAAGGAAGCAGGGAAACAACCAAGAGUUGGCAGCAACUUCUCGUGGCUCCCAGCCCGUUUGUGUGUGCUUCUGUUUUGGCUUCUUCCGCGGCCCAAAGUCGGUUCUAACUCACUCAGUCGCUUAACAAAUAGUCGAGUAUUCGCAGCGCAAAUAAUUGCAUAAUUACAAGUUUUUCAAAAUAUAUUCAAGAGUGCUGCCAGUGCGAAUAUAAAAGAGAAUCAUUUCCGAGUCUGCUGAAUCAUCGCAUAUACAUCGAAAUACGUAUACAUAAAUCAGUUUUCGUAGCCUUCGCGCGCCGUCCACGUCAUCAGCGGAAAAAAAACCGAAAUUUUCGAAUCCCAGCCAAACUGAAAAGCUAACUGUAAUCAAGUGCGAAAGAACAGCGACAAAAUGUCAAAAAAUAACGGAAAGGGCGCCAAAGGCGAAUUCGAGUUCCCGCAGCCAGCGAAGAAGCAAACCUUCUCCCAAAUGAUCUAUGAUCCCCAGGAUGGAACCUUCUUCGGACGUACCGGCAAAAACUGGAGUCAACUGCUGCUGUUCUACACAAUCUUUUACAUUGUGUUGGCCGCUCUCUUCACCAUUUGCAUGCAGGGACUUUUGUCCACCAUCAGCGAAACGGAACCCAAGUGGAAGCUGCACGAAUCGCUGAUAGGCACCAAUCCCGGCUUGGGAUUCCGUCCCUUGAGCGAGCAGACCGAGCGUGGAUCGGUGAUCGCCUUCGAUGGCAAGAAGCCGGCAGAGAGUGAUUACUGGAUCGAGCUGAUUGAUGAUUUCCUCCGAGAUUACAACCACACCGAGGGUCGGGAGAUGAAGCACUGCGGCUUCGGUCAGGUCCAUGAUCCCACGGAUGUGUGUGUGGUCAACACGGAACUGUUUGGCGGCUGCUCGAAGGCCAACAACUACGGCUAUAAGACGAACCAGCCCUGUAUAUUCCUUAAGUUGAACAAGAUCUAUGGCUGGAAGCCGGAUGUCUAUGACGAGGAACAGAAGGAUAUGCCCGAUGAGCUGAAGAAGGUUAUCAAUGGGACCAAGAAAGAGGAGCGCCAACAAAUCUGGGUGAGCUGUAACGGACACUUGGGCAAGGAUAAGGAGCACUUCCAGAACAUCGGGUACUUCCCCAGCCAGGGAUUCCCGAGCUACUACUACCCGUAUCUGAACCAGAAUGGCUACCUGAGUCCCCUUGUCGCCGUCCAGUUCAACUCCCCGCCGAAGGGCCAAAUGUUGGACGUCGAGUGCCGCGCCUGGGCCAAGAACAUCGACUACAGCGGCAGUGUCCGAGAUCGCAAGGGGUCUGUGACCUUCCAGAUCAUCGUGGAUUAAGUCAGGGGAAUCUUAUGGCCCACUUGUGAUCGCAACAAAACACACUAGCCGAGGAAAUGGCAACCGUGUCGGAGACCAACUACCACCUACCUUACUACAAGAGAUAUACACAUAUGCGUACAUAGAUAUAUAUAUAUAUAUGGAAAGAGCUAGCGACCUUAGGUUUUCAAGUGUAUUGUAUAUAUUUAUACGAAAGGAACGAUCCGACCCGUCAAUUGAGUUCUGAACAUCUGGCCCAAAUAAGAAAAUAGAAAAGUUGAAAAUAUUUAAAUUAAAGUUCAAACCGUACACACGCAAUUGUUGUUAUAGCUUUUAGCUUGUCUAUUGCUAUCAGUUAUUAUUAUUAAUAAUAUUUAUCUUAUUAUUUCAUUAUGAAUUCCUGUAAUUACGAUCAUUACCUUCUGUCAGUUGUAUUUAGUUUUUAUUUUUAAAUGUUGUAGAACAUGCCCGAAAAAUUCUUUGUUUCCUGCAUAUGGCCUUGGCUUGUUCAAUUUGUACAAAGAACUAAAUGAAUAAAAUUUAAUUGUUAAACGUAUAAUGCAGAUCAUGGAUAAUGAAACAUUUUAACAUAAGUUGAGUGUCGAUCAUUAAAUGCAAACUGGAAAGUAUUCAAGAACCUUUAUGUAGUGCAAUAUUUAAAGAAUGAACAGCAUGAACAUUUAUGCGACUAACAAUAUGAAAUUUUUAAUUUAUUUUUAACAUAUUUUCAUUCACACAAACAACUAAAAAGAAAUUAAGCGAACAAUGUUCUUGUGUUGCAUCAUUUUAAUAAAGAGAAUAUAAGUA